ACUGUUCCUCUAGACGCACAGGCUGGGACGCACGCUGGAGAAGUGCCUCUGCCCGGGGUCCCGACCUUUUCCCAGGACUUAGCUCAGGGCGAGUCCCCGGCUCGGGCGGGACCCUGCGUGCGGCGUCCAGGCCAGGUGACAGAGGACCAGAGCUGGGGCCGCCAUGCGGCCGGGGAACUAACCCACCGACGUCCAGGAGUGAACUUGCUGAUCCAUCUCCAGGGCCACCGCCAUGUCCAGCCGGGGUGGGAAGAAGAAGUCCACCAAAACCUCCCGGUCCGCCAAGGCGGGAGUCAUCUUCCCCGUGGGCCGGAUGCUGCGGUACAUCAAGAAAGGCCACCCCAAGUACAGGAUCGGAGUUGGGGCGCCCGUGUACAUGGCUGCCGUCCUGGAGUACCUGACAGCGGAGAUUCUGGAGCUGGCUGGCAACGCAGCAAGAGACAACAAGAAGGGCAGGGUCACGCCCCGGCACAUCCUGCUGGCUGUGGCCAACGAUGAAGAGCUGAAUCAGCUGCUAAAAGGAGUCACCAUAGCCAGUGGGGGUGUGUUACCAAACAUCCAUCCAGAGUUGCUAGCGAAGAAACGAGGAUCCAAAGGGAAGUUGGAAGCCAUCAUCACACCACCCCCAGCCAAAAAGGCCAAGUCUCCGUCCCAGAAGAAGCCCGUGUCUAAGAAAACAGGGGGCAAGAAAGGGGCCCGGAAAUCCAAGAAGAAGCAGGGAGAAGUCAGCAAGGCCGCCAGCGCCGACAGCACGACCGAGGGCACACCGGCCGACGGCUUCACCGUGCUCUCCACCAAGAGCCUCUUCCUCGGCCAGAAGCUGAACCUUAUUCACAGUGAAAUCAGUAAUUUAGCCGGCUUUGAGGUGGAGGCCAUAAUCAAUCCUACCAAUGCUGACAUUGACCUUAAAGAUGACCUAGGAAACACGCUAGAGAAGAAGGGUGGCAAGGAGUUUGUGGAAGCUGUCCUGGAACUCCGGAAAAAGAACGGGCCCUUGGAAGUAGCUGGAGCUGCUGUCAGCGCAGGCCACGGCCUGCCCGCCAAGUUUGUGAUCCACUGUAACAGUCCCGUCUGGGGUGCAGACAAGUGUGAGGAACUUCUGGAAAAGACGGUGAAGAACUGCUUGGCGCUGGCAGAUGACAAGAAGCUGAAGUCCAUUGCCUUUCCAUCCAUCGGUAGCGGCAGGAAUCUCUGGGUCCCUGGUCAGCCUCCUCAGCACUGCCCCUGGCCUGCAGGCCUGCCUUACCAGGCCUGGAGGCCAAGCUCUCUGGAAGCAGGGACGCCUGGCAAAGCCCUAAAUGAAGAGGGCUCAGCCCAGCUGGAGGCAGGAAACCCUCUUCUGUGCCACGUGAACCUGAAUCUCUGCCAUCCAGAUGGGACAGUGGACAGGAAACCAGUGUGUACAGACAGCCCCCAGCCAUCACUGAGCAGGUGACCCGGGAGGGCACCACACGGAGGUAGCCCAUGGGGUCCACUUGCAACAGUCAUGGAGACUGAGGCCUCAGACACAACUGGAGUGACUUCAGGGAAGUCUGAUCAAGGCAAUAAAAAAGGUCAAACUCUCUGAGGGGUGGGAAGCCCUUUCUCACAAAGCACCUUAAGCCACUGAGGGGCCACAUGGAACAUGGGGGGCUCCCAGCACUUGGGGAAGCCCACCUGCAUCCCUAUCGUCAGCACCACGUGGAACCUGCUUCCUAGUGGAGGAAGCUUGUGCUGAGAGAGGUCAGCAUGAUUCAGACUGGGAUCUGACUGGAGUGGGAGCCCGUGUCCACCCUCACUCUAGAAGCGGUGGCAACUGGUCUCAGCCAGGAGGCAGACACAGCGCGGCAGCGGUAGAACACAGUGACUGGAGAGGAAGACCCAGCCAAGCAGAGAGGCAGCGGUUAUUCCACCCACGAGGGAGCCCAGCCAGCCAGCAACUAAGCCAAGAGAUGAGUGAGACACACAGAGGCGAGCACCUCUCUCUCAACUGGUCAGUGCUGCACCAGGAGGGCCGAUGGAGCCCCUGCCCACACCACCGCAGUCAGUGGCUGACGGCCCUCCGAGAGAACUGGACGCUGCAGGCCUGGACAGCGGCCCUCUGGGCGCCUUGACUACAACUUUGUCAGCAGAGACAGCAGCAGUCACCCAGUCCCAGCUGUCACAGGGCCCGGGAGGCCAUUUCCCACCAUGUGUACCUUUAGAAAGACCCUGUUCCCACUUUACAGGUGACACUAUUGAUUGAGGGCUCUGUGUAGUAUCUUGUUCAAUGUGUACAGCCUCUCCAGGUAAUAAAUACUUGAUUACCUGCCUUAUUUCACCAGGUGGGGAAACAAGGCACAGAGCCAGG